GUAGUAGAUUCUCCUCGAGGCGUCUCAGAUAACACCACCCCGUCCGCGGCCGGAGGAGAAAACAAGGAAAGCUCUCUCGCAAAACGCGCAACUUCUUCUCCGCAGCGGAUGAACUCUGUUUUGGCACCGGGACGCGUCCGGCGGCUCCCCGACAUGAACCGGAGCGGCGGAGCGGCUUUCUCGUCCUAGUAGCCGAGGAAGAGAAGGACUUUGGAGCUUUGGAGAGGAGGGAAGAGAGUAGUAGAAGAAAGAGCAGCAACUUUUCCAGCCACUCGGUGCCGGCGGUGGCGGAAUGUGAGAAGCGCAACUACUUUUAGCGCAUGUUCCUCUUCGCUUUUACGCAGCCUUCUCCUGCUUUCUGCGAGCUUGGAAAGCGGGGGAGGAGGAGGAGGAGAAGAGGAGGAAGGGGGGAGGAGGAGGAGGACGAGGGACAGCAGAUUAAAGACUCGAUCCCCUGCCUAUGGACGACGGCGGUCCCCUCUCUCCAAGGGCGAAUGCUUUCAGUAUUGCCUCUCUGAUUUCGGCCGCGGAGCGAGCAGGAAACGCGGAGUGUGAGAAACGCGGCGGCACCGGCCUGGACAAGCCAGAGCUGCACAAGCACACUUCCUUUAAAAUGCACUACAGCACUGUCACCCGGGAAAUGGAAGCCAUAUCCAGUCCGUGGCUGACGCAGCUGUCCCAUUUUUGCGAUGUUGCAGCCUUCACGACGAGCAGCCUGAGCAGCCUGAACGCGCCGGGGGGCUACCACCUCUCCCCGUCCCCCGGGGACCCGUACAGCCAGCAUGAGGCGCACUUCGAGCCGUGCACGGCCGCCCAGCACGGCUACUACCCGGGCUCCAACCCCGGCUCCAACCCCGGGUCCAACCCGGGCCAGGCCGCGCAGAGCGACGGCGGCUCCGCCAACUGCUCCUCGUCCUCGGCCAACUCCACCCCGAACAGCAAGAGCAUCGUGAAGAAGAACCCCAAAGUGGCCAACAUUAACGUGCAGCUGGAGAUGAAGGCUUUAUGGGACGAGUUUAAUCAGCUUGGCACGGAGAUGAUCGUCACGAAGGCUGGCAGGAGAAUGUUUCCAACUUUCCAAGUGAAAAUAUUUGGGAUGGAUCCCAUGGCGGACUACAUGCUCCUGAUGGACUUUUUGCCUGUGGAUGACAAACGUUACAGGUAUGCUUUCCACAGCUCGUCGUGGCUGGUGGCGGGGAAGGCGGACCCGGCCACGCCGGGGAGGGUGCACUACCACCCGGACUCUCCGGCCAAGGGCGCGCAGUGGAUGAAGCAGAUCGUUUCCUUCGAUAAACUCAAGCUCACCAACAACCUGCUGGACGAUAACGGCCAUAUCAUCCUGAACUCCAUGCACCGCUACCAGCCGCGGUUCCACGUGGUUUAUGUGGAUCCCCGCAAGGACAGCGAGAAAUACGCAGAGGAAAAUUACAAAACCUUUGUUUUCGAGGAAACCCGUUUCACGGCGGUCACGGCCUACCAGAACCACCGGAUCACUCAGCUAAAGAUCGCCAGUAAUCCUUUUGCGAAGGGUUUCAGGGACUGCGACCCGGAGGACUGGCCCAGGAAUCACAGGCCAGGCGCUCUGCCAAUAAUGAGUGCCUUUGCCAGAACAAGAAACCCAAUGUCAUCUCCCCCUCAGCAAAACGGCACGGAGAAAGAGGACAGCAGGCGUGAGUACGAGCGCGACCCCAGCGGGACGCCGAUCCACGCGGACCCGGCCCACCAGCUGAUGUCCCGCGUGCUGAGCCCGGCCCUGCCGGUCCCGGGAGGCCUGCACGCCGUCCCCCUGACGGGCGGACGCCCCAGCCCGCCCCACGACCUCCGGGCCGACCCCCACGCCCUCCCCCCGGACACGCUGCACCACCACCCCUACAAGUACCCCAACUCCUACGAACACUACCUGGGGGCCAAGGCCCGGCCGUCCCCCUACCCGCUGCCCGGCAUCAGGGGACACACGUACCACCACCACAUGAACCCGGCCACCACCAACAUGUACUCGGCCACCAGCGGGCCCUCAAACUAUGACUACGGGCCCAGAUAAUCAUCAUUAACGGCUCACAGCACUGUGGGAUUCACUAACAGGCAGGAAGGGGCUCUUUUCCAUUGAUGACUUAUGGGAUCACAGGCCCGAAAACUGCUCUCCGAUGGAUAAACCCAGCCAUAUUUAUUUAAAGGAAAUGUAUUUCUGAGUUAAGCAUGGGGCCUGGUCUGCUUUGACCUCUGGACUCGAGCGAAGGGCGGUCGCCCCGCGUGAGGCGCCGCCUGCACGAGCAGCAGAAAGGAGAGCAAAGGAGAAAAAAGGAGGAACCUCUCCUUAACGUGGACAAAACUUUUGAUCACAGACUGAAACUGAUAUUUUUUUCUUUUUUUCCUUUUUUUUUUUUUUGGAAUGCACUUUUUUGAUUUGUCUUUUUAAUGCUUUAAAAAAAGCCAUAUGUUAUAUAGUCCCGAUCAACCUUCUAGGUAGACGAGAUGCAUGUUGAGCUCUAUCAGAGAGGGUCUCAAAACACACCGAAAUGUUUUUACAUGACUAAAACACAAGGUUUUGGAAGCAUUUUGAACAUGUUGAGCCGCUCUGAGAAAAGCUUGUACCAUGGCACUGACUUGCAGCAAUUCUAACUAAAUAAAUGAAGCCGAAUGACUCUUCUGUAUCUGUAAAAUAAACAUUAAAUUCUUGUAAUUCAUUAAAA